AGCAGGAGGAGGAGGAGGAAGAGGAGGAGGAGGAGGAGGAAGGUGCCGGCUCGCCCGCUCGCUCCCGCCGCCGCUCCGGCAUGAGCGCGGCUUUCCAGCCCUCGCUGAUGAUGAUGCAGCGCCCGCUGGGAAGCAGCACGGCCUUCAGCAUCGACUCGCUGAUCGGCAGCCCCCCGCCGCCCGCCCCCGGGCACUUCGUGUACACCGGCUACCCCAUGUUCAUGCCCUACCGGCCCGUGGUGCUGCCGCCGCCGCCGCCGCCGCCGCCCGCGCUGCCGCCCGCGCUGCCCCCCGCGCACCCGCACCACCACCAGCUGCCCAGCCUGCCCUCCGGCUUCUGCUCCAGCCUGGCCCAGGGCAUGGCGCUCACCUCCACGCUCAUGGCCACGCUGCCCGGCACCUUCCCCGCCUCGCCGCAGCACCAGGAGGCCGCCAGGAAGUUCGCGCCGCCGGGCAACUUCGAGAAAGCCGAGGGCAUCCCCCCGGACGGCGGCGGCGACGACGGCAAAGCCUUCCUGGGCAAGGACGGCGCCCUCCUGCCCUUCCCCGCCGCCGACGCCGUCCAGGCUUCCCUCGCCGGGGCUCUCCGCGGCCAGGGCAAGGAGGACCCCAAGGCGGAGGAGGACGCGAAAGGCAAGGAGGAAAGUUUCUCCAUGGACAGCGAUCUCGAUUAUAGCUCGGACGACAAUAUCGCCGGGCAGGCGGCUCACAAGGAAGAGGACUCUGGCAACGCGCUGGAGGAGAGCCCCCAGAACCCCCCCAACUCCAGCAGCACCACGUCCACGGGCAAAAACCGGCGGAGGCGAACAGCCUUCACCAGCGAGCAGCUGCUGGAGCUGGAGAAGGAAUUUCACUGCAAAAAGUACCUGUCCCUGACCGAGAGGUCCCAGAUCGCUCACGCCCUCAAACUCAGCGAGGUGCAGGUGAAAAUCUGGUUCCAGAACAGGCGGGCCAAAUGGAAACGGGUCAAGGCGGGCAACGCCAACUCCAAGACAGGGGAGCCCUCCCGGAACCCCAAGAUCGUGGUGCCCAUCCCGGUGCACGUCAGCAGGUUCGCGAUCAGGAGUCAGCACCAGCAGCUGGAGCAAGCCCGACCCUGAUCUCUCCCUCCUCCCGCGCUCAGUUUUUCACGGGAAAAGUUUCCAAACCCGGGGUUUGAAGGCGACCCACCCGCGUCAAAACAAAAACGAGAGAAGCAAAAAAAAAAAAAAAAAAAAAGAAACCAAAAAACCAACAAGAAAACAAACCACAAUAACAAAAAAAAAAAAACCGCACCGCGAAAAAAAAAACCUAAAACACCACGAAAAGAACGAACCCCGCGUGAGCGCCUGGCGAAUCCCCAGCACGAGCGAACUUUGAAGCGAAACUUUCCGCUCACGGCGAGGGGAAGAGGCUUGGAAACUGUUUGGGUUCGGAGCAGGGAGAUCCCGGCUGGAAGAGACGCGCAGACACCCCCUCCCCCAUAAACAGAGAUAUUUAUUGCGAGGCUGCCCUUGGCUGCGGAGCCGGCGCUGGAUCCCCCUGGCCGGAGCAUCCCCAGCGAAACCCGCCGCGCCUUUUGCCACCUUUGGGGUUUUCUUUCUUAUUCGGGGGCGAAAGGUAAAGAAAAAAAAAAAAAACCGACAAAAAGACGAGAGAACAAACAGACAAACAAAAAAAAACCCGAAAGAAAACUCAGAGUUUCAUUUCAUGCCUUUUUUAUUGUUUGGUUUUAUUGCCGAUGGCUGAGUGGCAGGCACUGGGGAAUGAGUUUUUAAAAUAUUUUCUUCUUUUUUUUCUUUUUUUUUUUUGCCUGGCUUUCUGUCGACUUGGUUUGCCUAUUCUACCAAGCCAUGUUUA